UAUUUUAUAUUUUAUAUUUUUUUGUUUUUGCAAAAAGUAAAACCAAACCCCCAAUCAAAUGCAACGGAAUGAAUGCAAAACAAUGACGGCCUACCUAUUCGAUUCGGCGAUUUCCAUGUGCGGAUAUAUGUAUGAUAUGUAACUUAACCCAACCCAUUGCGGCACAAUCACCCGCCCCGAAUCCGCAGCACGACAUCAUCCCCCGCCCCGUACGUACAUGUACAUACAUACUUACUUACAUACAUAUACAUAGAUGGUCGUUGGUCAUCGUCGUGCGUGGGUCAAACGUCGUUGUUAGAUAGAGUUAAUAAUAGUUGGUUGCCGCCCUCGUUUCCCCAUAUCAUAUCAGCCCCAUAUCAUAUCAGCCCCAGCAACAACCCAUCCCACCGCAUCGCAUAGUUACUCCGUACUCCGUACUUCCGUACAGAGAGGAGUUAACUAGUAAGUAGUUAGUUACUGCGUAGGUUAUCUCCCGUAACUCCUCCCGCAUAAUCCAAAGAAUGAAGGAAGAAUCAAUAUCAAUACGAACGAAAACUACGGUGACAUGGACAUGGACAUGGACUUCCAUUCCAACAAUGGAUAUACCUACCCCCCCCCCGGCCCCAACGCCCGCUGGAACUGUAACCGCUCACCAGCAUCCAUCAUUCAUCGCUGUUCGCUCAUUGCGCGUCGCUUCUGCCCGGACACAGCCCAUACAUACUUACAUACAUACAUACAUAGGCCGACAGAGAACCAAAUCCCCAUACCCGGGCAUCCAUACCUCCAAGAACGCGCUGGAUAACUGCCGGAAUCCCCCCAAACGCCGACAACGACCAUCCAUUCCACGGUCCCGCUUCUACCCGGACCGAGAUGUACAUGUACUUGAAUAUUUGAAAAAGGCUGCAUAGGAUCAUCCAUAGUUAUAUAUUGUAUUAUAUUAUAUUUCUUCCCCCCCUUUUUGUCAACAUCUGGUGAGUGAUAGGACAGGUUAAUCCCAUCGUACCCAUAAUAAAUAACUAUUUCUAGCUGGAUUAAUCCCGUAUGUACGGGUUAUCUCUUUGUAUAUAUAUAUAUAUAUAUAUAUAUGCAAGGUGGAGGAAAACGAGAAACACCCCAAUCAAUCAAGGUGUGUGAUACAGUAUGAUGCAAUGCCAUGCUAAAAAAAAGAAAGGGAAAAAAAAAAUCGGUUUCACCAGCACAGCUGCGAUCGUAUCGACAAACAAUAAUAAUGAAGAAAAGUCAACAGAAAAAUGAAAAAACGAGGUCGAUACCAAUUUGGUCCGGGAGGGUAUAAUGCCAAAAAAAAAAAAAAAAAAAAAAAA